AUGGCUGUGAGCCCUGCCAACGCUGCCUCGGCUCCGGGCUUCGCUGCGCUUAUAAUUCAGACUACAAACGUGGAAACAGACACGCGGAGUUUGGCCCAGAACCAGGCGUUGAGUGUAACGGGCGAAGAUGCCUCAGUUGCACCGGGAUCACCUUCUCAUGUGGCUGCACUCUCAAAUGCCAACAGCGACGAUAUUAACACCGUCAGAAUCGAACAUGAUUCGGGUGAUGCGAGCGUCCACGCCUUUCUGCAAAAAGUCUCUGGACAUCUGGCGCAGGUCGGUCGCGGUCUUCCUCGGAAUUUGUUCAGCAAAGAACAAGGCGGUUCAAACCCUAACAAUCAGGCCAUCACUUUUGUUCUACCGAGCAUUGAGACCGCUAAAAGUUACUUUGACUGCUUCUUUGACCACGCAAACACUACCUACCGGUAUGUGCCCAAGGCAGAGAUGUUUGAGCUCCUAAGUCAAGUCUAUGCGGAGAACGAAACUGUAUUGAGUGACGACACAAACAUGGCUAUCGUGCUCCUAAUCAUGGGCAUUGGAUGCAUCUGGACGGCAUCAUGGAAAAACGAGCCAUUGCCACCUUGGAAACGGAAAUCAGAACGCUUUCUACAAGCUGCUGAACUCAGGCUCGAAAAAUCUCGAAACACGUUCCCCCCGACCCUGGCUAUUUUACAAGCUCAACUACUAAAGUGUCAAUUAGAGAUUGCUUCGAGCCAGUUCAACAGUGCCUGGAUGACAUUGGGAUUGACAAUCCGCUUGGGCCAGAUGAUCGAUAUUCAAAGAGAGCCAACCGCAUGCACAGCUCAAGAAGCCCAUUUUAGAAAGUCCAUAUUGUAUGCUAUGUUCAUGGUCGAUCGAUAUCUGGCCAUUGCCUUGGGUAGACCCAUAUCAAUUCAAGAGCAUGAUAUUACCGUCGCGCUCUCCAUGGAACUUGACCCUGCUAUCAGGUCCCGACUUGGUAGCCUUGAGGAGAAACUAUGGGUAGGCGUUGUAGCUCAUUUCAGACUCACUAUGAUCAUGGGCCACAUAGUCACACAGCUAUAUCCAGCCGCCAGAAAAAACACUGCGCCUACAGAGGCUACCGUGGCCGGAUUAGAAAAAGAACUCAUUGACUGGCUUGGCGACGUUCCAGAGUUCUUUCAUCCUGUUCAAAACGAGCUCAGCUCCCGUGAGCAGGGGUUCUACGACGUUCCUUGGAUCUUCCGACGCCAGCAAAGAACCAUACGAGCCGCUUUCUUCUUUGCCAAUAUGCUUAUUUAUCGCCAUUUUCUGCUAAGGGAGUUUCUUCAGCAGGCUCCCAGCACCCCGCGUUCAGGACAGUGCCCCGAGCGUGUGAGGAAAUGCGUCGAGAAUGCCAUGGCCAUGAUUGCUCUUGCUGCAGAUUUUGGAGUCGACGAAUUCAAAUAUAAUGCGACUUUCUGGAUGACCUCUCACUUCAUAUUCUGUGCGAUUUCCAUUCUCUUGGUCUACUUAGCAUUGUACCAGGAGUCGGACGACUGGAAUAACAUUGAGUCUGCGGUUGAGAAGGCGAUGAAGGUUCACCGCAAACUUGAUAACCGUGUCAACAUCUACGCCCAGAAACUACUUGAUGAAUCCCGCGCAAGGGUCGAGGUUCUUCGGACCCUCAACUCGCCCAGUAAUACCGUAGCAGCACAUGGCCCAACACCAGAUUGGUCAGAAGCUCCGGUUCAACAAGGCUUACCCAGUGUUUCAUCCCCUCAUGGGCCAGUAUUGGGAAAUGAUGAUACAGACCUGCCAGCUUUUCAAUUGGGUCCCCAUGAUGAAGCGGAGAGAGCGGCUCCCGGACCAUAUUCUGCGUUCGAGCAACACGCCAUGGAUACAUUCGGGUUGAACAAUGGUCUGGACGUGAUCAUGGAUAUUGGAUUUGACAGCGCCGCCUUGCCUGAAAGCUUUGGAAUAGAGGGUAUCGAUCUACUUCAGCAAUACAAUUGA